GAGCGGGGUGACCCUUUCUUACUCCACAUAACAUGUUUUCUCAGCUCCUGACUUCCUCUGCGGUUUGUCAGCACUCUCUUUUUAGCCUAAGACUAGUUAGCAAACAAGGGAGGUUGUCAUUUCCUCAUCGUGAAGCUUUGUUCCUCGUGGGGGCUAGAAAUCUCUUUCUAGCUCCAGAUUGUGAAGGCUUCCUGAGUAAGCAGCGUGUCUCCAUCCCCCUCUCUAGGGGCUCUUGGGUGGAUCUUGCACUCUAGAAGGAACAAUGGACCUCUGGCUUUGGUCACUUUACUUCCUGCCAGUAUCAGGGGCCCUGAGGAUCCUCCCAGAAGUAAAGGUAGAGGGAGAGCUGGGCGGAUCAGUUACCAUCAAGUGCCCACUUCCUGAAAUGCAUGUGAGGAUGUAUCUGUGCCGGGAGAUGGUUGAAUCUGGAACAUGUGGUACUGUGGUAUCUACCACCAACUUCAUCAAGAUGGAAUACAAGGGCCGAGUCACUCUGAAGCAAUACCCACGCAAGAAUCUGUUCCUAGUGGAGGUAACACAGCUGACCGAAAGUGACAGCGGAGUCUAUGCCUGUGGAGCGGGCAGGAACACAGACAGGGGGAAGACCCAGAAAGUCACCCUGAAUGUCCACAGUGAAUACGGGCCAUCAUGGGAAGAGCAGCCAAUGCCUGAGACUCCAAAAUGGUUUCAUCUGCCCUAUUUGUUCCAGAUGCCUCCAUAUGCCAGUUCUUCCAAAGUCGUAACCAGAGUUACCACACCAGCUCAAAGGACCAAGGUUCCUCCAGUCCACCACUCCUCCCCCACCACCCAAAUCACCCACCACCCUGGAGUGUCCAGAGCAUCUUCAGUAGUAGGUGACGAGCCCCCAACCUUCCUGCCAUCCACUACAGCCUCAAAGAUCUCAGCUCUGGAGAAGCUGCUCAAGCCUCGGACAGCCAGCUACAACCACCACACCAGGCUGCACAGGCAGAGAACAUUGGACUAUGGCUCACGGUCUGGGAGGGAAGGCCAAGGAUUUCACAUUCUGAUCUCGACCAUCCUGGGCCUUUUCCUGCUGGCACUCCUGGGGCUGGUGGUGAAAAGCGCUGUUGAAAGGAGGAAAGCCCUCUCCAGGCGGGCCCGCCGACUGGCCGUGAUGAUGCGCGUACUGGAGAGCUCCCAGAGGACCCGCGGGUCGCCGCGACCGCGCUCCCAAAACAACAUCUACAGCGCCUGCCCGCGGCGCGCUCUGAAUCUUGACCUUCUCCUUCCUCUUCUCCUCCAGCGUGGCUGUCAUUGCCUGGUACUUCCAGCCAACCUCGUGAGCCAGGCGCCCCAAAUAGGCAAACUUCCUUGUGAGCUUCAGACGCACGACCUUGAGGGCAGCAGGAACCACCAUCCGCUUUUUCUUGUCGUGGCGUGGUGGGACGCCGUCAAACACCUUGAGGCGGUCCGGAGCGGCCUGGCCUCACUUGGUCUCCUGGGGCAGCAAGCCUUGCACGGUCUGCCAGAAGAUGCGACUGGGGGCCGGAAAGUGGAAAGGGCCUCGGGAAGGGUUGGUGUUCAUCCACUUGCAGGGGAAAGCCAAGUACUUCAACUUGUUUCUGUAGAAAUUGCCAGAAAUGUUGAUGCCCUCGCAGCGUACGACCACCACUUUCCGGCCCAGCAGUACCUAGUGUCUGAAUCUCCCUGGUUCCAUGCCCCAUCUCUGAAGAGCAGCUGUGAAUAUGUGAGUCUCUACCACCAGCCUGCCGCCAAGAUGGAGGACAGUAAUUCAGAUGACUACAUCAAUGUUCCUGCCUGACAACUCCCCAGCUGUCCCCCGACCCCAGGCUCAGACUGUAGUGCCAAGGAGUCUCAUCUAUCUGCUGAUAUCCAAUACCUGCUUCGUGUGUUCUUAGAGCCGUCAUCACUUCCCAUGCCCCAUCUUGACUCCCAUCCCCGUCUAUCUGUGCCCUGAGCAUGGCUCUGCCCUCAGGUCCUCUUGCACACCUUGGCAGCCUCCUGUAGUUGACAGGUAAGCUGUAGGCAUGCAGAGCAAUUGUCCCAAUGCCACUUGCUUCUUUUCCAAUCUAACAGGCUGUGGGAUUUGCAGAGCAUUUCUUCCAUGUCUUUGACCACAGGGUUGUUGCUGCCCAGACUCUAGACCACAUGGCAUCAGGCUGGGGCAGAGGCAUAGCUAUUGUCUUGGGCAUCCUUCCCAUGCUUGGGUCUUACACAAGUAGAAGGCUGUUGCUCUGAGUUAUGUGGACAUGCCUCAGCCCCAUGGACUAGGUAGGGGUCUAGUAUAAAAACACUCCCGGAAAUGCCUUUGCCCUGAUCCAAAAGUUAGCACUUCUAGUGAACCUCUACUUAUCUCAAGUUCUAUGCUAAAGGCAAUUUAUCUUGAUGUGAUGAGGUAUUCUAAAUUUCAGAACCAAGCUUGUUAGCGAGAUAUGCAUAUAUAUCCAUAAACUCUCUUUACUUUGUCUCCAUCACUUGAUGCACGUAAGUGCCCUGACCUCAGCAUCUCUCCUC